CGAAGCAAGAACAAGAACAUAUGGCGGGUAGGCAUUGUAGCCGCAAGAUAUCGAGUCGGUAUCGCUCGGAGAAGACCGGCCGGUUUACCUUGGCGUCUAGUGCUGCAGCUCCAAGAGCUGGGUUGGCUGGAACACUACUACUCUGCAAGGAACUUCUCCUCGACUUCGUGCUGUACUUGGACACCGGGUCCCUGGUGGCGCUGUGCAAGGCUAUGAGCGAGGUCGACAGCACCUGUGACGUCCUUUUCGAUAGGGGUUGGUGGUACAAAUUGCUGCAAGCUCAUUGUUACGUAAGUCUGGAAGUCAUCAACGUGCACCACAGUGUCACUCAAGUUGACGGCUGCAUGGAGCUGGUUGACUAUUUAAACCUGCGCAGCCAACUCGAGUGCUUCGAGCGAUGCGUCUGCGUCGUAAAGGGCGACCUGGGGACUAUCACUACAGUUGGAGGCGAGCAAGUUGAUUGUCUGGUGUUCCCAACGUCGCCUUCGUACCGAAACCCAGGGAGGGGUGUUGCUGGUCGCGUCCACGAGCGUGCAGGUCCCGAUCUCGAUCGAGCUGUAAUGAACCUCAAUCUACGGAAUCAUGCAAAGGCCGGCGACGUCAUGUGCACUGUGGGCUGUGACUCUGGGAUGCGACUGCUAGUGCAUUGCGUGGGGCCUACAGGAGGUGUUGCCAGCUUGGAAAGUCUGCUGUACAAGACAUAUGUGCACGCGUUACUAGCAAUGGACAGUCAUGACAUCAGGUGUGCCGCUGUGGCUUCCGUCUCGACGGGACUCUAUCGUUUUCCCGUGCCUCGCGCUGCAGACAUUGCGCUCAGUGCUAUUCGCGAUUUGAUUCGCCUGCGUCCACGUUGGAACACCAGAAUUGCCUUUGUGUGCAUCGAUGACGACGUCUACGAACAGUUCCAGCGCGCUUACGGAGAAUCUUUCCAAGCUUUUCAUACGGCGGGAUUCGCGCACCCUAGCAUGGUGAAUACGCUCUCGAUGGCAGAGCAGAGUACUGAAAAUGAGACUUGA